CUUUCUGGAAGGUUUUUUGUGAACUUCCCCUCGGCCAAGCAGUACUUCAGCCAGUUCAAGCACAUGGAGGACCCGCUGGAGAUGGAGAGGAGCUUGCAGCUGCGCAAACACGCUCGGAGGGUCAUGGGGGCCAUCAACACCGUGGUGGAGAACCUCAACGACUCCGAAAAGGUCUCCUCCAUCCUGGCCCUGGUGGGCAAGGCCCACGCCCUCAAGCACAAAGUGGAGCCAAUCUACUUUAAGAAACUCACCGGUGUGAUGCUGGAGGUCAUUGCUGAGGUGUGCCCCAACGACUUCACCCCCGAGGCGCACGGAGCCUGGACCAAGAUGAAAACCCUCAUCUACACCCAUGUGACAGCAGCCUACAAGGAGGUGGGCUGGGCUCAGUACCCCACCGCCACCCUGUGAGCACCCAGGGGGCCACCAGAGGGGCAGGGAGGGCUUUGCUCACCCCAGGACUUCACUCUGGUSUCUUCUCAAGAUCUUUGCUCAGUUUGGGGAGCCCGGUAGGGCYGGCUCUGUCAGCUGCCAAGUCACAAUUUGAUCUCCACGGGGUUUUAAAAACAAACUAAAUAAGCCAAAAAGCCACAGAACCAUGAAGGGUGUGGGUGGGUUGGGGUGAAGCAGUCGCAGGGGAYGCUGGAAGGGGAUGCAGAGGGCGAGGGGAGAGCGUUGGUUGUUGGCUCCAUCUUCCUGUCCUGGCCCGUCCAUCACCACCUCCCAAAGCCUGCACUCCCCUGCACCAUCUCAAAGCCCCUUGCACAGUGCUGCUGCCCUGUUCACUGACGAACAGCACAACCCUUGUUUCCCCUUCGGAGCCCCUGGGCAAACCUGGCUUUUGGGGGCACGUACAGAGACCCCCGGCUGGCACCGAGAACGCUUUGCUUUGCACUUUCUGUAUCACCUGGCAGGGCUGACAGCCAGAGUCACUCACCUGCCCUGUCCCCCACAGUCCCUGUCCUUGGCUGGCUGCUGCAAACCCUCCUGGGGUGGGAGAGAAGUGCUCCCACGGUGCGAGAGAGAAGGAAGGAGGGGAUGCCUUUGGGCUGCCUCCCCUCGUGGYUCAGAGCGUGGCGUGUAGGUGGGAUCCCUGUGCCGUUUGUAGGGAGCUGGGGAGUCCACCCACUGCCCCUCAGCUCCCUGAGGAUGGGCUCRGGUGGCACACUGCCCUGGGAGCUGRUGUGCRUAGGUCUGUCUGUCCAACUCUGCCCUCUCGCUGAGAAGGGGGCUCAGGCUGUGAUCAGGAGGGGGAAAAAAGGCAUGGACGCUAUCAGGAGGGAUUUCUGGGCGUGAGAAAAGGUCCCUUCUCUGUUAAAAUUAAUAAACACCUUGUAUAGAACAUAUUCCUGCCCUCUUGGUGAAACUGGGUUCCUCCAGAUAAAGUGCCUGGUAGAAAUCAGCCCACGCAGGAGCUGUGUCCUCCCUGGGGACAGCGGUGCUCCUGCCUGUGCCUGACAAAGGCUUCUCCCACACCCCCCAAAACGUGGCUGCAGGGUUCAAAGCACCCAUCCCUCCCUCCUGAACCUCCCUCCAGGUGAGCCUGCCUGGUCUGUGCCUCAGUUUCCCCUGCAAUUACAAAAAAGAGAGGAAGAGCAGCCUCGUUGCUUCCUGCCCUCAUGUGGUUGGAUUUAUGGGAUUUCUGGGAACUGAUUGGCAAAGCACUGAGGAUGAAAUGUCAGAUGUGCUGGGAAGCUUUGGAAUCCUUGCCACCCAAUAUUUCCCUAAAGGCCUCUGCUAUUUUUAGAGCUCUAGCAUUAAGGGCAAUGUUAUCUGUUGAAGUGGGAGGAGGGUUCCCUUCUGAGAUUUCCUCUGGCCUCGCUCCACUGCAGUCCUGGAGAGCUGGCAGCUUCCUGAGAGAGACCAGCUCCUCUCCUGGAUGCCAGCUGGACAGGCAACAAGCCCACGGUUCCAGCUGGGAUCCCCACGGCCAGCUUGGGGACAUCCCCCCACCAUGGGGACACUGCUGGAGGGGACAGCGGUCACUCUGCAGUGCUGACCACCCUCCUCCAGAGCAGACAGACAAACUGCUGCUUUGCUUACCUGUGCUUUCAGUCACCCCCAGGAGCAGGGUUUAGUCCUGCUUCUGGUGUUUUGCUUCCGUGCCAAGGAUCUGCUUUGACCCAAACCCCUGUCCCUGCUGAGGGGGUGACAGCCACCACCACAUUCCUGCUCCCACACAAAUUCCCAGUGGGUUUUUGCCCCCUUCCCGUUGUGACAGCAGGUUCCUGCUCAAGAUCUGAGGGGCAAUGCCCCUGACCUCAGUCCUGCCCGUUCCUUGGUGCCGAGAUGUUGGCACAGCCCUCGGCUGGGAAGUGACCCCAGGACUGCAGCUCAAAGCAGCAGGGCAGGAGUGUCUGGGUGAGCACACCCCUCCUUGGAGRGCUCUGUCAGAGGAGCCACGAGUGCCAUCACCCCUGCGCUGGCUCUGGGCAAAGCAGAUUUGGAGAGGGCUCUAAACCUAUUGACUGCAUUUCCCAGCACUCCCUCACCUUCCUGGAGAGCCCCAGAGGGAGGGUUAAUCCCAAAAUAGCCCCAGAGGGAGGGUUAACCCCAAAAUAGCCCCAG